GAGCAUAGUGCUACCCCGACUGGAAUUUCUUAUUGAAUCUCUCCUCUCCGCAUCAUUCAAGCUUCCAAAGUGAGUCCCCUCGGAUUUUAUUGAUUCAAAUUUCCCAAAACAUGUCUUGGAUCCUGCAACCAGCUACAUUAGUACUGUAUCCGAAUAGCUCAGCAAUGACCAAUACUUGCAUAUCUAGAUUCCGCAGCAUUCACCAUAAGGCAGCAUUGCCACUGUUCCAUAGGAAAAAGUUUGGAAGUGAACUGUUCUUAAACUUUUCAACCUGUUCAUUGUCGUCAAUUUCUCCAAAUACAUCUCUUAUCAUCCGACCGCCAUCAAAAUUAGUAUUGGCUGCCUGCAUCACUCCAUCCAAUGCUCCACAACGGUCCGAUGAAUGGUUUGCACUCCGAAAGGACAAGUUGACCACGAGCACCUUCAGCACUGCUCUGGGCUUCUGGAAAGGCAACCGCCGAAGUGAGCUUUGGCAUGAAAAAGUAUUUGCAUCAGAUGCACUUGUCGUGGAAGCUUCUAAAAAGGGUGCCAUGGAAUGGGGCGUUCUGAAUGAAGCAGUAGCUGUAGAGCGGUACAAAAGCAUCACCGGCCGUGAUGUGAGCUCGCUAGGAUUUGCCAUCCAUUCAGAGGAGCGAUUUGAUUGGCUUGGUGCAUCCCCGGAUGGUCUUCUUGGAUGCUUUCCAGGAGGAGGGAUCCUUGAAGUAAAGUGCCCAUAUAAUAAAGGGAAGCCUGAGAUGGGUCUGCCCUGGUCAACUUUGCCAUUCUAUUACAUGCCUCAGGUGCAGGGCCAAAUGGAGAUAAUGGACAGAGAUUGGGUUGAUUUGUAUUGUUGGACACCAAAUGGGAGCACAAUAUUUCGGGUGUGUAGAGAACGUGGUUAUUGGGAGUUGAUACAUAGAAUUUUACGAGAGUUUUGGUGGGAAAAUGUGGUUCCAGCUAGGGAAGCUCUGCUGCUGGGAAGGGAGGACGAAGCCAAGGCAUACAACCCGACAUCAACACACAAACAGACAGGACUUGUGAUUGUUAAAAGCAUGAAGUUGGCUACUGAGUCUAAGUUGUUGUGUAGGGAGGUUGCAGGGCAUGUUGAAUUUUAUCGUUGAUGGGUGUCAAAUGGGAGGAUGAAUGAAUUCCACCCUUUUUUUGAACUUAUGAUUUAUUGGCUCCAUCAUGUAUUUGCUCAUUGGUUAAUCCCACCUCAUUGUAUGAUAUUCGUAUUAUUUAAUCCUGAUUAAUU